AUGCUUGACACUGCGGCUGUUCAACGCUAUCUCCGGCUGGUUCACCAAGGCUAUGACGUGUACUCCAUUCCAUCGCGGUUGGAGCAGCUUCAUAGACAAUUAACAUUAAACAGUGGGAUUAUGACUGAGAAAAUGGAACGCCAGUAUAACUGCUUGCACAAGCAGAUGUACAAUAUUCGUCGGAAAGCGGAAGCGAGGUGUCAAAGGGUUACAAAUGGGGCUGUCCCGUGGUCUCCCCAGAUCCAAAACUUUUGGGACCGCCAGUCCCUCUGGAAGCUACUGCUGAAGGGAAGGAAGCAAUGUCGAGUCAGCUCGCGGAAAAUCCGUCGCCUUAUGAAGAAGACUAAGUUGCCCGACGCGUGGAAGAAGACUACAGUUGAAUUGGAGACGGCAUUGCGUAAUGACAGGAAGGAGUACCUGCAUGCCAAGAAAAACCACGCGGUUUCAUGGCGCAAGGAGUUCUUGACUGUUCAAGUGAAGAAAUCUAAGAAGAAACAAUGGACAUCGCGCAAGGCUAGGGAUCGCUUUUUGAGGUUACGGCGGAUGAAGCAACGAGAGGAGGCGAGACGCCGCCGCCGCGCCCAGUCAAAAGGAUCUACUGGUGGUUUGCAAGCGAUUCAAGUUGAGGAGCAGUUACCUACCGGACAAGUGGAUCUGCGAACUCUCACCGACCGGAGACAAGUUGAGCAAGGGUGCAUGCAGGAAAAUCGCACAAGGUAUGACCAGACUCGAUCGCCCUAUACGACUCCUCCCAUGGACAAACCUUUGUAUUCAAUGUUCAUGGGGGCAGACGCAGAGAUGAACUCCCACGCACUUCUGGAGGGCCGCCUUCCCCUGCCGGAUGAGAUUGAUUCUUACACGCAGUCAUUCCUGGAGCAGUGCCGUUUCCACCAAGGGCACUCUAUGAUCCCGAUGGAAGUGUCGCCGGCCGAUCAUACUUACUUCUGGUCCUGUAAUCCAGAGAAUAAGGGCUCGGAACCGCAUGGGCUUCAUAACGGGCAUUUCAAGGCUGGGAUUUAUUCUCCCAUGGUGGCCCAAUGCGACGCUCUCUUCCGCCACAUACCCUUGACAACUGGGUUUGUCCCUGACAACUGGCGGCAUCUGAUGAAUUUCGCCAUUGAAAAGAAGCCAGGCGACUUGCGGCUGACAAAAAUGCGUACGAUUCAGCUCAUGAAUUCUGAGUCCCAAGCGAACUACAAGAAACUGGGCCGCCUGGCCAUGGCCUACGGCGAAGAACAUCACCUCUUGGCCGAUGGACAGUGCGGGUCUAGAAAACACCAUCAAGCAAUCAAUCUUGCCCUGUCUAAACGCCUUGUGUGGGACCUUCUGAUUCUCCAGCGCCGCUCUGCGGAUUGGAUUUCAAAUGACGCAACGUCGUGUUUUGAUCGGGUCGUCCAUUGGGUUGCGGUGUUAGCUAUGAUGCGUCUGGCGAUUGCUUGGAAUGCGUUGCGCAUGAUGUUUGACACUCUUGCAAUGUCCACGCACCAAGUGCGGACAGGCUUUGGUGACUCUGAAGAGAGCUUUCAGCCCCAUACUUGGCUCAAAAGAGUCUGGAAAGAGUUGGAGGACUUGGAUAUCUAUGUUGCUCUUGACACUCCUGUCCUCCCUCUCCGGUGCGAAGGCGAUGCCUUGCUCAUUGAGGUAUUCAUGGAGUUGGAAGUGGAUCAGGACGCUCUAAAGUGGCUCAACUGGUGCCGUAUGUUCCUCCAAUUUUGCACCGUCUCCGACAUCAUGACGGCCGAUGGCUGCAGCAUACGAGAGUCCAUGUGGCAUGGGGAACGUGACUACGCUCAUCGAUCGUCAUAUCAAUGGCCUUGCACUGUCCGGCCCAACAGGAACCACUGGAAGGUGUGGCAGGAACACCUUACUCGAGCACUACUUGUCUCUGACGGACCCCAGCGCCUACUGCGUCAUCCUCUGGGCCCAUGGAUCGAUCCUCUCGACAACUGGAGCUGGUUAUGGUCUUCUACCCACGGAUUGUUCCACCGCCAGGGCCACGGGUGGCAACACUACCGUCACCGUCGCUCCUCCACACGGAGCAUUCAAUGGGACUAUCCCCGUUCUACGCAAUUGUCCGGGUGCAAAGGACCACAUAACGAGCAUACCGACAACGGCGUCAGCUUCUUGCCAGCACCCUUUUGGACCCAACCACUCCCAGCUGACUUGUGCCGAGCUACCGUCCACAUUACGUCUUCGCUAGGCACUCUAGCUCUCACCGGCAUUGGGACAGCACCGCUUCAGCCGCAUCACAACUCUCAACCGUCCUUGCUGGCCGCCUCAGCCAGGGUGACCGAGUAUGUUGGCUGGACCCCUGAAGAGAUUGAGAUCGAUGGCUACGAAAGCCUCCUUGCUGCAGCCAUACUCGAAGACCGGUUGUGUGCGAUCAGCGACGGUUCUUAUAAGCUUGGUCUGGGCACGGCAGCAGUUCAACUGCUUCCACAUAAGGGUGGCACGGAACGUAUUAUUGUUCGGUGCCAGACUCCAGGUCUAACUGAUGACCAGAGCGCGUACCGGAUCGCACCACAACAAGCCCAGUUUGACCUGGUCUCCUUUAUCCGGGAGGCACUUGCCCGGUCUAGGGCCUUGUGGGAACCUAGCCACGUGUUUGGUCACCUUGAUAAGGCGACAUCCUUUUUGUGCCUCUCUUGGUGGUCCAAACGGAAUGUGGAAGUGGAUGCGUGGGCGGUUGCCUAUUGCCACCAGCUCAAAGCUUCACACCGAUUGAUUGCACCUAACGCUCGUUUCUUUACCGAAUUGGCUGCCCUUUACACCGGGGACGUCAAACAGUCGCGAUUGAAUCCAGAACAGGUCCAGGAACUGGUGGCGCUGCCUGCUCUACGCAAGCGAUUGCACGAGCGGCAGACGUCGUUGGACCACAAAGCAUGCCGUGGGUAUGUGUGGUGUAGGGAAGUUCAAAGUCCGGUGGGGUGCCGCAGACUCAGCUGCAUGUCCCUGCGUCGGCGAGUUGGAGGACCACCUUCACGGUCCUUGAUGUACGGCGCCCUCAGCGAGUGCGGAAUGGGAGCGCUGGACGGCGUCGUUGGACCAAUGGUUGGACACCCAAGUCACUGA